AUGCGCUUUUCUAGCAUAGUCAUAAUCUUUCAAAGCGCAAGCAUCUUUCUGACAGUCCUUGCUGUCUACACCAAAAGCCACAUACCUGAGGAAAGAAAAAAAUUUCUUUGUGGCGGACGCUCUAUUACCUAUAGCGAAUAUUCAUGGUCAGCACUGGUGGAAACAACAAAUGUGUCAGGAAAUAGAAUUUCUUGGUCUUGGGCUAAUCAAUUGAGUCACUUGAUGAGCGAUUCCAGUAAUCAAAAUUUUGUCUUGUUCGGACCAGAGUCUGAAGUUUCCAAGUUUUACAUCCUCCAAGAUUUGACAACAGGUGGUUCUUCUGAUAAUCACAAUCAUGUAUUUGAAUAUAUCGUCCUUGUUGACAAGAUUGAACGCACUUGUGGCAUGAUAAUGAGAGUAUUGAGUCGCCUUAACUCCAAUAGUGCGAGUUCACCAGACCAAAAUAUCUCAUUAUGCUUCAUUGAAGAUUGA